AAUGUUAAAGGAAUUAGAGAAAUAUCGUGUUCCUGAUAAUUUUACUGGUGCUCGUUUAUAGAUUGCAUGCACAUAAAUAAUUGAUAGUUGGGUAGCUUUGAAACUAGCUUUUGAACAUUAAACAUAAACAAUCCAAGAGAGUCCUGAGAAUAUCAAAAAGCUAAUGGCUUACUAAUUAGCAGCAUAUAUAUACAAUUGCGAGACUGAAAUAGAUGACUUAGUAUAAUUUUUAUCAGUUUAUUUGGAAUAAUACUUAUAGUUGAUAAUUGAAGAUAAUUCAGAUCGAUAUGUAUAAUGUUGUUUUAAUAUUAAAAGAUUGCAGAGAGACUAUUGGAUGUGUUUAAUGAUUUGGAAUAAGAUAAAGAGGGUAAGUAUUUGAAGUUGCUAGAAGAUAUUAGAGUAUAUAAUGAACAGAAUAAAAAUGUUAAACAUGUGGCUAAUAUUGAAGAUUCAGAUGAAGAGUCUGAAAAUGAUGAACCUCCUUAAUUGGUUCAAUAAUAGUAGUAAUAAAUGCAAGUUGAAGAAGAGGAAGAUGAUGUUGAUUCGGAUGGUUAUGAAACAGUUAAACCAAAGAAAAGGUACAAUAAGCGUAAUUGA